UCCCUGUUCUCUGUAAGUCCCGCCCAUUCUACCGCAACGCACCCCGCUCGGCGCGAGAGCCAAUUGGCUAAUUGGCUGCCGCGACUGAUUCUCCGCCCAGCCCCUGGUGCGCAGGCGCGCUCUGUCUCUCGCCGUCUGCGUUGGCCCCGUUGGCGACGGAGGCGCUUCUCGGUGCGGCGGCGACAGAGGCCAGCGGAUUCUUGCUCUAGGCGCGGCGCUAUGUUCCGGCGGAAGCUGUCGGCGCUCGACUACCACAACCCGGCCGGGUUCAACUGCCGAGAUGAAACUGAAUUUCGAAACUUUAUUGUUUGGCUUGAAGACCAGAAAAUCCGACACUACAAAAUUGAAGACAGAGGGAAUUUGAGAAAUAUCCACAGUGCCACUGAAUGGACAAAGUCCUUUGAAAAGUACCUUAAAGAUGUAAAUUGUCCCUUCACCAUCGAAGAACGACAGGAAACCAUUGACUGGCUUCUGGGAUUGGCAGUUAGGCUUGAGUAUGGGGACAAUGCUGACAAGUAUAAGGACUCCACGCCUGAAGGGGCUAAAAAUGCAGACAAUGCUUCCAAAAAUGCAGAACCUCUGAUAAACCUGGAUGUAAACAAUCCUGACUUUAAGGCUGGUGUGAUGGGUUUGGCAAACCUCCUUCAGAUCCAGCGUCAUGAUGACUACUUGGUGAUGCUGAAGGCAAUUCGCAUCUUGGUUCAAGAGCGCUUAAGUCAGGAGGCCGUCGCAAAGGCAAAUCAGUCCAAAGAGGGCUUGCCUGUCACCUUAGACAAGCACAUCCUUGGCUUUGACACAGGAGACGCUGUUCUCAACGAAGCUGCUCAGAUCCUCCGACUGCUACAUAUAGAAGAGCUCCGUGAGCUGCAGACAAAGAUCAACGAAGCCAUUGUAGCGGUUCAGGCAAUUAUUGCUGAUCCAAAAACUGAUCACAGACUGGGCAAGGUUGGGAGAUGAGCGAUGAACACGUUGCUGGCUCUCCUGUUGCUGGCCUCGCUGUUCAGGGAUGUCUCCCAACCUAGCAUGCGAUUCAGAAAGGAUCUGGCUCCAGUGUUUGGAAAGAGAACGAGGGCAGCUUGCCAGCACAGCCAUGAAAUAUCGUUUUUCUUUACAUGAAUAAAGCUUGGAUUAAGCAGA